GCUUUACUUUGCAUGAAUGCGUUUACUGCGUUGGUGUAGCUGCUAUACUUUUCUGCAAGGGAUCUUGCAGAAUAUAAUGAGGAGACAUGGUAUUGUCGGAAUUAAAUCAUUCAGGAGAGACAAGACACUAUGUUGGAGGUUAAAUAUAGCUAUAGCACAACGACUCGCUAUGCUAGCCACAUCAACAACGCAUUUACAGUAUUGCUCGUUUUUCUCUCCACUGGACUUGCUAAUGGCCUAGCAAUCAAAUCAACAGGAGCCAAGCAUCAAUACGAAGGCUACAUGCCAUCGCAAUAUAGCAGAUAUGAUCUUCUAGAAGGUCUUUGCAUCCUGUCGCCCGACGAUCCGGCUUGUGAAUCGAACAUUCUGACUUUAACAAACACUUUGACAGACACAAUGGAUAGGAUAGAACAGCUUCAAGAAACUGCAAAUCAAAUCGAGACUCUGCGUCAACAUCCAAUUGAAUGGAAAACUGAAAAUAAUGCAAAACGCUAUUCAGCUGUCCCGAGUUCUAACUACGCGACAUCUAUUAAAAACGUCAAAAAGAGUCGGAACAGCAAAAGAGGACAGAGAAAAUUAGUUUGUCCAGCUUGGAUGAGUCGAAUUCAGUGCUAUGGAUAUGUCAUGAUUCAAUUGAAAAGAAUGGGUCUUACUGGUUGAUGCAAAAGUUUCAAUUGUGAUUCGUCAUCACAUUCUGUAAAGUUUCAAGAAAAAUUUUAUUCACUCUGCAAUACCAAACCUAUCUCUUGAGGUAAGGUUGAUUGUCACGUAGCUCAUUCAAUUUAUUUCUUUUUUUAACAUUUGACUACACAAUAUGCACAUGUGUCCUAUACAUAAAUACAAUUUAUUUCUGAUUUUCAACAUUUGAUUAUACAUGCACGUGUCUUAAUAGAAUAUUCUUCAGGAGACUCCCAUA